CAGAGCGCCGCGCUCGCAGCCGGUAGCGCCGUGCGCGCUCGCUCGGGGGCCGCGGAGCCUCAGGCCCGACCGCGGACAGGGGGCGAGGGUGGCGCCCCGGCGCUGAGGCAGGAUGAGCAUCGAAAUUCCGCCCGGGCUCACGGAGCUGCUGCAGGGCUUCACGGUGGAGGUGCUGAGGCACCAGCCCGCCGACCUGCUGGAGUUCGCGCUGCAGCACUUCACGCGGCUGCAGCAGGAGAACGAGCGCAAGGGCGCUACGCGCUUCGGCCAUGAAGGCAGGACCUUGGGGGACGCGGGCGUCGCGGCCGGGGGCGGCACCCCCAGCAAGGGGGUCAACUUCGCGGAGGAGCCCAUGCGCUCCGACUCCGAGAACGGCGAGGAGGAGGAGGAGGAGGCCGGGGACUCCGGGGCGUUCAACGCUCCAGUUAUAAACCGGUUCACAAGGCGUGCCUCGGUAUGUGCUGAAGCUUAUAAUCCUGAUGAAGAAGAAGAUGAUGCAGAGUCCAGGAUUAUACAUCCCAAAACUGAUGAUCAAAGAAACAGAUUGCAAGAGGCUUGCAAAGACAUCCUGUUGUUUAAGAACCUGGAUCCGGAGCAGAUGUCUCAAGUAUUAGAUGCCAUGUUUGAAAAAUUGGUCAAAGAAGGGGAGCAUGUAAUUGAUCAAGGUGAUGAUGGUGACAAUUUCUAUGUCAUUGAUAGAGGAACAUUUGAUAUUUAUGUAAAAUGCGAUGGUGUUGGAAGAUGUGUCGGUAACUACGAUAACCGUGGGAGUUUUGGCGAACUGGCCUUAAUGUACAACACACCCAGAGCAGCUACCAUCACUGCUACCUCUCCUGGUGCUCUGUGGGGUUUGGACAGGGUAACCUUCAGGAGAAUAAUUGUAAAAAAUAAUGCCAAAAAGAGAAAGAUGUACGAGAGCUUUAUUGAGUCACUGCCAUUCCUUAAGUCUUUGGAGGUUUCUGAACGCCUGAAAGUGGUAGAUGUGAUCGGCACCAAAGUUUACAAUGAUGGAGAACAAAUCAUUGCUCAGGGAGAUUUGGCGGAUUCUUUUUUCAUCGUAGAAUCUGGAGAAGUGAAAAUUACUAUGAAAAGAAAGGGGAAAUCAGAAGUGGAAGUGGAAGAGAACGGUGCAGUAGAAAUCGCCCGAUGUUCUCGGGGUCAGUACUUUGGAGAGCUUGCCCUGGUGACCAACAAACCGCGAGCAGCAUCCGCACAUGCCAUUGGGACCGUCAAGUGUUUAGCCAUGGAUGUGCAAGCAUUUGAAAGGCUUUUGGGACCUUGCAUGGAAAUUAUGAAAAGGAACAUUGCCACCUAUGAAGAGCAAUUAGUUGCCCUGUUUGGAACAAACAUGGAUAUUGUUGAACCCACUGCAUGAAGAAAAGUAUGGAGCAGGGAGACCUAUAGUGAAAAAUUACACAGUAGUGGUUAGUCCACUGAGAAUGUGUUUGUGUAGAUGCCAAGCAUUUUCUGUGAUUUCAGGUUUUUUUCCUUUUUUUUAAAAAAAAAAUUUACAGUGUAUCAGUAAACAGUAGUGAUUUAAUAGUCAAUAAGCUUUAACAUCACUUUCUAAUGGGUAGUUCAUAAAAAAAUCAACAUAUUCAUAAAAUGACUUUCUAUUCCGUAAAAUUAUUUGACUGAAAGUUUGUAUAUAUUGAAAGCAUCCAUGUUUAAGAAGAUUAUUAAAAGAUGUUGUCAUAGGCCAAUCUGUGUGUUUGGAUUAUUCAAAUAUCAAAUUAGUGACUAUGCCCAUGUAAGGAAGCUGGCAAUGAAUCAGGUGACCUAGCAUGGCAUCACAUUCUUUUUAUAACUCAGCAUACAGUAAAAUAGCAAUCAUUUUCAUUUUCAAGUUUUUCUGGCUUGAUAAGUUAUGUUAGCCUUGGCCUAUUGGUAAAAUGGUAUAAAACAUCAUAUGCAAUUUUAAAAAUUUUUAUAUUUUUGCAAUAAAGUACAUUUUGACUUCUUUUGCAUAAUGUCAGUAGCCUACAUGAUCAAGUGGUUUUAAGACUUGGCAACUGAGUCAUUCUGAUUGGGCAGUCUUUUUAGGAUGAAAGAUCAUUAAUGUAUUUUUCUUCAUCAAGCAUAUCACUGCUUCCUUUUUUAUUCUGCAGCCUCCUAUAUUCUCCAUAAAUUUGAUUUUGAAGUUUAAUGGCAACAAAGUUGUUUUUUUUUUUUUUUUAAGAUAAGCUUACUCUGACUUUUCUUUUUUGUCUUCUAAAAGCCCAAGAUCUAAUAUUUUUAAAAGGGAAACUUUCCUACCAAAACCCUUUUGGAAUUCUUGCCCACAUGCCCACAGGAUAUUGCUUAGUUCCUUGCAUUCUGCAUAUGCCAGCCCUGGGCACUCAUCUUUACCCAUGAUUUUAUUAUUCCGUCUUGAUCACCAACCAGCAAGCUCACUGAAUAGCAGCCAGUGAGAUACGUUUUGUGUUUUCGCCCUUACAAACUCCACUGCAUUGGUAUAAAUAAACCUUUAUUAUAAGCAAAGCCAUACAUAAUGACAAAAGGAAUUUGUCUAUACCACACAUAAAAUUGGGCUUUACUUUUAGCUUUAAAGUCAACUUACAGUUAAAAGUAUACAAAGUUUAUUAGAUUUUCUUUGGUCAGUGAUAUGCUUAAUUUUCUGCCAAAUAAGAUGAAUUGUUAUACUCAACCAAAGCAAUGUACUUUGACAUGAUGUUCAGGCCCUGUGACCAACUGUUAAGAGACAUUAAUUCUGACCAGGUACUCACUAUUAAAUGGGUAAUUUCAUUUUUGGGAAAUAUGUUUCUAAAGAAUAUAUACAUAUGCAUAUAUAUGCAUAUGUAUAGGUAAAAUAAAUCUGUGGCUAUUGUGAUCCUAUUAAGAGAAUGUUUUUGGUCCUACUUAUUAUGAAUAAUUAGAACGUUAACUGGGUAAUGCAUAAAUAAGAAAUUAAAGUAUAUAACUUCAGCCAUGUUAAAAUAAUUGUUUGGCAAAGUCUAUGUUUAAGAAAAAGGAAGCUCUCUAUGAGAAGAGGACUUGUUUUUUAUUUCAGAUAUCAAAAGCCAUGUGUUAAUCAAGGGAAAAUACCGAAAAAGAAAAAAAAAGGCCCACCCAAAUUCCUGGUUCAUUCUGUAUUCCUCACUUUUUCAAGUUCUCUUUUGUUGCAUUGCAUAAGCUGAUUGUUAACUUCCAUGGAACAGUAAACAAAUGCCUGUUUAAUAAAGAACCCUGACCAAGGCUAUAAAUGCCAGUUAUGUUAUUUUCAGUAUUGUUGGUUAUAUUUAAAAAUUCCUUAUAAUAAAGCACACUUUUAUAAUAAAAA